AUGUCAGGAGACAUGUGGAGAUGGACCUGCCUUGGCUUGCAUCUUGUCUUCUGCACUGUGGGUCCAUCUUCGGCCACUAGGCUGCUGCCCUCUCACCCAAAGAAACCUUUCUUGACCUUCUCCUCAGAAUCCACUGAGAUCUCCUUCAAUCACUUGGUGGUCGACAAACGGAAAGGAUCUAUUUACGUGGGGGCUAUCAACUGGAUCUACAAGCUCUCCAGCGACCUGGUGGUGGAGGCCCGUCACGAGACAGGUCCGGAUAUUGAUAACCCCAAAUGUUAUCCUCCCAGGCUGGUCCAGCCAUGCAACGAACCGUUGACCUCCACCAACAACGUCAACAAGAUGUUGUUGAUCGACUACAAAGAGAACAGGUUGAUUGCCUGCGGCAGUUUAUACCAGGGGAUCUGUAAACUCUUGAGAUUGGAUGACCUGUUUAAACUUGGGGAGCCCUUCCACAAUAAGGAGCACUACCUCUCUGGGGUGAAUGAGAGCGGCUCCGUGUAUGGAGUCAUUGUUUCUUACAGCAACAUGGAUGACAAGCUGUUCAUUGCCACAGCGGUCGACGGGAAGCCUGAAUACUUCCCCACCAUCUCUAGUCGGAAGCUCCCGAAAAAUUCGGAAGCGGAAGGAAUGUUUGCCUACGUUUUCCACGAUGAGUUUGUGGCUUCCAUGAUCAAAAUCCCAUCAGACACGUUCACUAUCAUCCCAGACUUUGAUAUCUAUUACAUCUACGGCUUCAGCAGUGGUAAUUUUGUCUAUUUUCUGACCCUUCAGCCUGAGAUGAUUUCCCCGUCGGGUUCUACCACCAAGGAGCAGGUCUACACCUCAAAACUGGUCCGCCUCUGUAAAGAAGACACAGCCUUCAACUCUUACGUUGAGCUGCCCAUCGGCUGCGAAAAGAACGGGGUGGAAUACCGGUUGUUGCAAGCCGCCUAUUUAUCGAAGGCGGGAUCCAUCUUGGCUAGAUCUCUGGGGAUCCUGCCAGAGGACGAUGUCCUCUUCACAGUCUUCUCCAAGGGGCAGAAGAGGAAGCUGAAAUCCUUGGACGAGUCGGCCCUUUGCAUCUUUCUUCUGAAGAAAAUCAACGACCGGAUCAAGGACCGGUUGCAGUCCUGUUACAGGGGAGAAGGCACGCUGGAUUUGGCUUGGCUCAAAGUGAAGGAUAUCCAUUGCAGCAGCGCACUAUUAACCAUCGAUGACAACUUCUGCGGUCUGGAUAUGAAUGCCCCUCUUGGAGUGUCCGAGAUGGUACGAGGACUGCCCAUCUUCACCGAAGAUCAGGACAGGAUGACAUCGGUCAUCGCCUACAUCUAUAAGAACCAUUCGUUGGCCUUCGUGGGUACCAAAAGUGGCAAUUUAAAGAAGGCCAUCGGCCUGGCACAGUAA